UUCUAUUGAGAAAUUUAGUCGUCAAAGAGUUGUAUCGCUUAGCGAUUCGUUGGCAUUACGUUUUGUAAAUUAGUUCAGCUUCCGCACAACCGCGACGGUGCUUGUGGGACACGCGUAGGUAGAAUGUGUCAAAAGUGGACGGUGGAUACAUAUACAUAUAUAGAAAUAUAAGAAGUUUUGGACAAACUUACAAACCAAUUAUUCCGACAAUAAUUCUAUCUUAAUCAGAGCUUUUGUAUCAUAUACAUACAAGUAUAUACUUGUAUACAUAUGUAUGUAUAUAUCUAAGUGGUCGUUUAUGCGAACGUGUGCGCAACUGUCGUGCAAUUGAGUUAAUUGCUCCAAACCAGUUGGAAGUGUUAAUUAGUUGUCAUAAUUAAGAGCGGUGAAUCGAUGUGAAGUGCUUGCCUUUUUAAUGGCAACGUGUAAUUGCGUGAAGCUUCGUACGAAUUGCUUUAAUUUAUACACACUCGUUUAAGAACUUCUUCUACUACAACUACGAACAUACAUACUUAUUAUCUGUGUAUUCAUUAUGGCCACGAACGGCAAUGGUUAUUCGCGCAAUUCGAAUGGCGCUGUACCGUCAAAUGGCACAACGACUGUUCUUAAGUAUGAGAAAUCGUCAUGUCUAUUCUGCAACGAAUGGUUCGACUCGCAAACCUUUACGGAACACCUCAUACAUUGCGGCCAAGUACUAGAGCAGUGUCCGAACAAUUGUAACGCCUUUGUGCCACGAAUUCGUAUGCGCUCUCACCUAAAAGAGUGCCCACGAGCCAAAACACAACCACAAUCGUCGAAUAGCAUUGAACGCCUCGACCAAUUCAUGGACAAUCGAAUAAAUCAGCUGGAAAAAGAUUUGAGUGCGCUGCGUUCGGUACUCAAUGAGGAGAUCGGCCAACGAUUGCAUCUGAUAACAGAUGUUGGGAAUUUGCGUAAAUACAAUCAGGUCUUGGAGGAUUGGAAACAAGAAGCCGAUGAUAGUGUAAGAGGCGUAAAAGCGUUACUCAAUGAAGAGAUUGUGCAACGUCAGUUCGAGGUGGGCGAGGCCUAUAAGGACAACGUGGCCAAUUUCGAAAUGAUAAAGAAAGUCAAAGCCGAUAUACAAGGUGAAAUGGACGUGUUGCAAAAGAAUAUUCAACAAUUGUCGAUGGAAGUAGCAGAACAUGUGAACCACUUAAACGAUAACACCAUGAAACUGGAAGAGAUGAUCUUGGAAAAUGAGAAGAAGAAUCUUAACAAAUUCAUCGAGAUCGAAGAGUUCUUAAAUGUUAUUGAUGGUGAUUUGAAAACCAAGUUUAUUACCAAUAGCGAUUUAAAUGCGAAGCAGAUGAAUAUGGAUCUGGAAGUGAAGAGCAUGAAAAAUAUCGUUUGCGAGACGGAAGAGCGCUGUGAGAAAUUGGAGGGUAUAGUGAAUCAAAUCGACACUAAACUGCAUCAGACCAUGCAAACCCUGGCGGAUUUGGAGAACCAUUUGGCCACACAACAAAGGCUCAGCAGCAUACAAAACACAAGAGGUCACUUGAUUUGGCGCAUCAAAGACUUCUCGAAGAAACUAGAGGAGGCGAAACAAUAUGAAACGAUACUGCAUAGCGCCAUGUUCUCCAAUAAGCCAUAUGGUUAUGCGCUGCGCCUCGACAUACACCCUAACGGUAAAGGUACGUGGAAGGGCCGCAACUUGAUCGCAUGCCUCAAUGUAAUUGCCGGGGAGUAUGAUGCUCUGCUGUCCUGGCCGUGUCGCCUACAAGCUGACAUAAUUAUACGCGCGCAAAGCAACAAUGCCGAGGAGUCGCAGGAUUAUGUCAAGACAAUUCUGGUGCGCAAGAAGAACGAUGAAUUUAUACAGAACAACCAGUACUUUCAUAUACCACAUAAGAUUAUAACGAAUUCGAAUUUCUUGCGUAAUGAUUCUUUAUAUUUGGAGGUGCGGGUUUUAAAGUGACCCAAAAACAUUGCAAUAAUUCUACUUAUAUACAUAUAUACACAUAUGUAUGAUUUCUAUACAUAUUAAGGUUUUCAUAGGUAUAUUUGAAUAGAUAAGCGAACCAGUUUGUAAGCUAAGCAUGUUCACAGAUUUCAAUUUAAACUAAGAGAGAACCAUGAUUUUGUAUAUACUUGUAUGUAUGUACAUAUCUAUGCCACUUUCACUUUUUUGCCACUUUUAUAUAAUAAAUGUAUAAGUAUGUA